AUGUCAAGCCAUUCAACUGGCCAAAUAGGCCACGGGCAUCAUUCGCACCAUCAUCAUCACUCAUCGCACUCUCAUGACCAGCGAAUUGGAAAAUAUCAAAUAAUAAAAACGUUGGGUGAGGGAUCAUUCGGUAAAGUCAAACUGGCUUAUCAUGUCACAACUGGGCAAAAAGUUGCAUUAAAGAUCAUCAACAAAAAAGUCUUGGCAAAGAGCGACAUGCAAGGUAGAAUUGAACGUGAAAUAUCUUACCUUCGUUUGUUGAGGCAUCCUCACAUCAUCAAGCUAUAUGACGUUAUUAAGUCGAAAGACGAGAUCAUCAUGGUAAUUGAGUAUGCGGGCAACGAGCUAUUUGACUACAUUGUACAACGGGACAAGAUGAGCGAAAACGAGGCAAGAAGGUUUUUCCAGCAAAUCAUAAGUGCAGUUGAGUAUUGCCACAGACACAAGAUUGUGCACAGAGACUUGAAACCGGAGAAUUUGCUACUGGAUGAACAUUUGAACGUGAAAAUUGCUGAUUUUGGGCUUUCCAACAUUAUGACAGACGGUAACUUCUUGCGUACGUCGUGCGGAUCCCCCAACUACGCCGCGCCGGAGGUCAUCAGCGGGAAAUUGUACGCGGGGCCAGAGGUCGACGUGUGGUCUUCAGGUGUCAUUUUGUAUGUGAUGUUGUGCCGUCGUCUACCGUUUGAUGAUGAGAGCAUUCCUGUGCUUUUCAAGAAUAUCAGCAAUGGUAUCUACACGUUGCCAAAGUUUCUGUCCGCAGGUGCGGCUAAUUUAAUCAAAAGAAUGCUAAUUGUAAACCCUCUUAAAAGAAUAACUAUCCAUGAGAUUAUGCAAGAUGAGUGGUUCAAAGUGGACAUGCCGGAGUACCUCAUACCACCUGACAUGAAAAGCGUGGUGGGUGCUGGCGAAGAACAGAAUAAUAAUCAAGGGGACGCUGAAGAAGAGGUCGAUGACUCGCUAGUUACAAUGUUGUCAAAGACCAUGGGAUAUGACAGAGACGAAAUUUACGAAGCUUUGGAGUCGGGUGACGACAACCAAGCCCUGAAUGAAAUUAGGGACGCAUACAUGUUAAUUAAGGAAAACAAAUCUUUGAUCGAUGAUUUGAAAGCCAACAAGGAGCAAAGCAACGAGUUGGACACCUUUUUAUCGCAGUCCCCUCCAACUUUUGAGAAAGCAAAACAUGCCUCGUCACCGUCUGGUUCUACCACACGUCAUCACCACCAUAUUAAAAAGACGCAACAAAGAACGUACCAGUCGCCAUUCGGAGACCAACAAAAAGAUGAAGAUAGCACGAUUGCCAUUUUACCAAGCUCGCUACCUCAAAUCCAUCGCGCAAAUAUGUUAGCCGCUGGCUCUGCAGCCGCUACGAAGAUAUCACCUCUAAGUAUUAAGAAGUCAAAGACUAAGUGGCAUUUUGGUAUAAGGUCACGUUCAUACCCCCUGGAUGUAAUGGGUGAAAUAUACAUUGCGCUCAAGAACUUGGGCGCAGAGUGGGCGAAACCUUCCGAGGAGGAUUUAUGGACAAUAAAAGUGAGAUGGAAAUACGACAUGGGUCAGCCGACAAAUGAGAAAAUUCCAGACCUAAUGAAAAUGGUGAUACAACUAUUCCAAAUUGAGGCCAACAACUAUCUGGUCGAUUUCAAAUUCGAUGGUUGGGAGAGCAGUUACGGUGAUGCUUCUCCUUCCUCUAAUGAAGAUGAAAUGAGCACUUUCUCCGCCUACCCCUUCUUGCAUUUAACUACAAAGCUCAUUAUGGAAUUGGCUGUGAACAGUCAAGGCGGUUGA